GGAAACAAGAACUAAAAUGUUUCGAAGCAUCGAUAACGAUAACGUAUCCAGAAAAUAAACAAUUUCACGUGCUACGAAUUUUACAUCAAAAUAAAGAAUAUUUACAACAAAACUUGUAAUAUUUUAUAGAUAUAUAUAUUUUAUUGUUACUACCAAAUGAGCAAGAUGACAGAACGCUCUGAGGAUGCCAAGCCAAAUAUUUUAAUUACAGGAACUCCGGGAGCUGGUAAAUCUUAUUUGUGCGAACGCCUUUCCGCUCAACUAAAAUUCGACUGGCUGGACUGCUCCAAAAUUGCCAAGGAUAAUAAUUUUAUUGAGGAGUAUGACGACGAAUACGACUGUCCCAUUUUGGACGAAGAUAAACUUAUGGAUCACCUGGAACCUAUAAUGGCCAAAGGCGGCAACAUUGUGGAAUAUCAUGGCUGUGAUUUCUUUCCCGAACGCUGGUUUCAAGCCGUUUUCGUGGUCACCUGUCCCAACACCACGCUCUACGAUCGCCUGAAAGAACGAAAGUACAACGAGAAGAAGCUCACGUCGAAUAUAGAAUGCGAAAUCUUUGGAACCAUUCUGGAAGAGGCCAAAGAUUCCUACAAAGAGGACAAAGUAUUCGUUCUUCGCGGGGAAACUAGGCAGGAUGCCGACAAAAGCCUAAAGACUGUUAAGAACUGGUACAGGACGUGGAAGAGGAAGUGACGAAUAAUCUAAAACUUUGUUAGUUUAGUAAAGCCUAAGUAGUUAUGCAAUAACAAGAAAAACUUCGCAUCAUUUGUAUGCAAAUGAACUAUUAUUUACAGAAAAA